GGCCCGGCGCGCACGCUGCCAGGCUGUAUCGCCGCCCCGCCGCCGUCGGCACGGGAAGUGAGCGGCCAGGGCCCGCAGCGCCAGCGCGCCGGUGAGAGCGUCCCGCAGCCGUCCGCACCCGAAGCAUGGCGGCCGCCAAGGUGGCUUUAACCAAGAGAGCAGAUCCAGCUGAGCUUAGAACAAUAUUUUUGAAGUAUGCAAGCAUCGAAAAAAAUGGUGAAUUUUUCAUGUCUCCCAAUGACUUUGUCACUCGAUAUUUGAACAUUUUUGGAGAAAGCCAGCCUAACCCAAACACUGUGGAACUCUUAAGUGGUGUGGUAGAUCAGACCAAAGAUGGAUUAAUAUCCUUUCAAGAAUUUGUGGCAUUUGAAUCUGUCCUGUGUGCCCCAGAUGCUUUGUUCAUGGUGGCCUUCCAGCUGUUUGACAAAGCUGGCAAAGGGGAAGUCACUUUUGAGGACGUUAAGCAGGUUUUUGGACAGACCACAAUUCAUCAACAUAUUCCAUUUAACUGGGAUUCAGAAUUUGUGCAACUACACUUUGGGAAAGAAAGAAGGAGACAUCUGACAUAUGCGGAAUUCACCCAGUUUUUACUGGAAAUACAACUGGAGCAUGCAAAGCAAGCCUUUGUUCAAAGGGACAAUGCCAAGACCGGAAAAGUCACAGCCAUUGACUUCCGAGACAUCAUGGUCACCAUCCGCCCUCAUGUCUUGACACCUUUUGUAGAAGAAUGUCUAGUAGCUGCUGCUGGAGGUACCACGUCCCAUCAAGUUAGUUUCUCCUAUUUUAAUGGAUUUAAUUCACUCCUUAACAACAUGGAACUCAUUAGAAAGAUCUACAGCACUCUGGCUGGCAACAGGAAAGAUGUAGAGGUGACUAAGGAGGAGUUUGUUCUGGCAGCUCAGAAAUUUGGUCAGGUUACACCCAUGGAAGUUGACAUCUUGUUUCAGUUAGCAGAUUUAUAUGAGCCACGGGGACGUAUGACCUUAGCCGACAUUGAACGGAUUGCUCCUCUGGAAGAGGGAACUCUGCCCUUCAACUUGGCUGAGGCCCAGAGGCAGAAGAAGGCCUCAGUUGAUUCAUCUCGACCAAUUCUCCUACAAAUUGCAGAGUCAGCCUACAGGUUUGGUCUGGGUUCUAUUGCUGGAGCUGUCGGAGCCACAGCCGUGUAUCCUAUCGAUCUGGUAAAAACUCGAAUGCAGAACCAGCGAUCGACUGGCUCUUUCGUGGGAGAACUUAUGUAUAAAAACAGCUUUGACUGCUUUAAGAAAGUGCUACGCUAUGAAGGCUUCUUUGGACUGUAUAGAGGUCUGUUGCCACAGUUAUUGGGAGUCGCCCCAGAGAAGGCCAUAAAACUUACAGUGAAUGAUUUUGUGAGGGACAAAUUCAUGCGCAAAGAUGGCUCAGUCCCACUCGCAGCAGAAAUUCUUGCUGGAGGCUGUGCAGGAGGCUCCCAGGUGAUUUUCACAAAUCCUUUGGAAAUUGUCAAGAUCCGUUUGCAGGUGGCUGGAGAAAUCACCACUGGUCCCCGAGUCAGUGCUCUGUCUGUCGUAAGGGACCUGGGCUUCUUUGGGAUCUAUAAGGGUGCCAAAGCAUGCUUUCUGCGGGACAUUCCUUUCUCGGCCAUCUACUUCCCGUGCUAUGCUCAUAUGAAGGCCUCCCUUGCAAAUGAAGACGGGCAGAUCAGCCCCGGAAGCCUGCUCUUAGCGGGCGCCGUAGCCGGUAUGCCCGCGGCAUCUCUAGUGACCCCCGCUGAUGUUAUCAAGACGCGAUUACAGGUGGCCGCCCGGGCCGGCCAGACCACUUACAGCGGAGUGAUAGACUGCUUUAGGAAGAUCCUGCGGGAAGAAGGCCCAAAAGCUUUGUGGAAAGGAGCUGGCGCUCGGGUGUUUCGGUCCUCCCCUCAGUUUGGUGUAACUUUGCUGACCUAUGAAUUGCUACAGCAGUGGUUCUACAUUGAUUUUGGAGGAGUGAAACCCAUGGGAUCAGAACCAGUUCCAAAAUCCAGGAUCACACUGCCUGCUCCCAAUCCUGAUCACGUUGGGGGCUACAAACUGGCAGUUGCCACGUUCGCAGGGAUUGAAAACAAAUUUGGACUUUACCUACCUCUCUUCAAGCCAUCCGCAUCUACCUCACAAGUCAUUGGUGGAGGCCCAUAGGAGGACCGGCCCUGGGCUACUGCCGUGGCUUUGUUGUUACUGCCGUGGCUAAGAAUGCCCCGUCUCGGACUGAAGCAAUGCUUCAUUCCUUUCACUUCCAUCUCCUGUUUAAAUUCACGUCGAGGCUUUUUAUAAGGUGAAAUCAUUUAUUUUCUGUGUGUUUUCUUAACUAGAUCGUUGUGAAAUUUUUCAUAAUUCUUCUCUGGGCCUCUGUUCACAAGCCUUUGUUUGUACCUGACAUUCGCUGGGAUUUGCUCAGCACUAACCUGAUUUGCAGGAGGGAGCGAGUCUGAGUAGACACGAGAACCAUUCUCCUUGGAUGAGGAUUACAGCCCCGACGAGGCUGCUGAGAGGCAGUCAUGGUGCUCAGAGCAAAAGUGUUCCGUGUCUGCUUAACCUGGCAGGAAACUGGCUGCAUAUUUAUAAAAGUGAAAAACACUGGAAGAAAUGAGAACUUUAUCAGAAAUAGCCAGCCUGGCUUCAGAUUUUAAAUAUGCACUAAUUCUAUCUCUGGAUCAUAUUAUGAAGCUUUUAUGUGAAACAUGUUUUUUGUAAUGAAAACCACAUUGAAGAUGUUUAAUAAUCAUAUUCUGUUACUGGUCCUAAGACUACCAGGGAGACGUCUUUGUACUUUAGGGAAAGUACUCUUGGCACCGCACUCUACACGGAGAAACCAGGAGACGCAGCACCUCUCCUAAUUUGGGGUGACUGCUCAUAUGAAGCACAUGUGCUGAUUGCCGCCGAUUUCAAUAAACACUAGAAAAACGCAUGCUCCCCCAUUACUGGUACCUACCCUGGCCCCUCCCAGUCCCCCGUAAUUGGCAUCCAUUGGCUUUUAAAAUCCCAUUUUAUCUUGAAUCAUGGAAGACAAAUGCAUUGUAAUAUAAGUUUUUAUUUAAUUUGUGGUGCCUUGCACAAUAGUCAGAAGGCUCAUAUGUUUGUGAAGAAGGCAAUAAACUAUU